CAUUAGGUUUUUAGAAAAGAAGGAAGAUCCGGGAGCUAGCGUGAGCGCGAUCUCUCCACAAUGUCGUAUGCUUACCUCUUCAAGUACAUCAUCAUCGGCGAUACCGGGGUCGGGAAGUCGUGCUUGCUGCUCCAAUUCACGGACAAGCGAUUCCAGCCGGUUCACGAUCUCACAAUUGGCGUGGAGUUUGGGGCGCGGAUGAUCACAAUCGAUAACAAGCCCAUCAAGCUCCAAAUCUGGGACACAGCAGGCCAGGAGUCGUUUAGAUCGAUCACCAGGUCGUACUACCGUGGCGCUGCCGGUGCCUUGCUUGUGUACGACAUUACCAGGCGAGAGACUUUCAACCAUCUCGCCAGCUGGCUGGAGGACGCUCGGCAGCACGCAAACUCCAACAUGACCAUCAUGCUGAUUGGAAACAAGGCCGAUCUGGCGCACAGACGAGCAGUGAGCACGGAAGAAGGGGAGCAGUUCGCAAAGGAGCACGGACUUAUCUUCAUGGAGACUUCGGCCAAGACUGCCCAGAACGUUGAAGAGGCUUUCAUCAACACAGCUUCCAAGAUCCACCAGAAGAUCGAAGAGGGCGUGUUUGACGUCUCAAACGAGGCGUCGGGCAUUAAGAUUGGAGUUCUGCCAAAUCAUCCCGGCCACAGAGGAGAUAGCUCGGGACCCCAGAGUGGAGGAUGCUGCAGCUAAAAACGAAAGAUCAAGCUAUCAACCAAGAGAAAAAAAAGAAAAAUUCUUUGGGAUCAAACGACUCACAAGAUAGAUAGACUGUUCGUGAAUAAUUCUUGGCGCUAUUCCUCCUGUACAAAGCUUUAUCGUGAUGGUCUUUCCUUUAUCUUUCUUAACCA